ACAGCUUGACAGCUUGCCUGCACGGAGUCUCCUUUACUGCCGCUGAUAAAACGGUUUUGUGCGCGGCUUUCUCCUCCAUCACUUCCUUCCCUUUGAGCAAUGCGUUGUCCGGCGGGGAGGGUGUGAGGAGCCCGUAUCUUCACCCUGUCGCCCUGCUCAGGAGCUAUGGCGGAGCGGACACUGAGGAUCAACCAGCGGUCGGAGCUCAGCGGGUCCACAGCGGCGGCUCAAACGAGGAAGGGUCCCACUUUACCUGCGGCGCCGCCACACAAUGGUGACGGCUUCUAAAGUUUUACACACCUCUCGACCUUCUGUCACAGCUGGCCCGGUUCAACUUUUCACCCGCUGGCAUCUCCCAAAUGUCGACGGGGUCGUAGGCGACGCCGAGUUAGUUCUGCUUCCCCCCCCCCCCCCCUUGUUUACGUGUGUCCGGUAAAGCCGUCUGCCUCGGCCGUCAAUCUGGCGCACUGUCCCGCAGUGGCUCACAGAGAGCCUCUUUAAUAUUUCAAAGCCGAGUCACUGGAGGUCAACAUGGGGGCAAAGCAGAGCAGCCCGGCCGCUAUUCCAGCUGCCAACGGACGGACGAGAGCCUACUCCGGCUCGGACCUGCCCUCCAGCACGUCCAGCAGCAACGGCAGUAACGUGAGCAGGACUACCGCCGGGGUGUGCGGUACCAUGGCGUACAGCGCCUCCGUAGCCUCGUCCAGCACCAGCCAGCACCACGGAGCCAGGGCCAGAUCUGUGGGGGGCUCUGGGACCAGAACCCAGUCCGGCAUUAACAUUCCGAACAGCAGCGGAGCCUACAACUCGCAGGAGUCCGGCGGCAGCAGCCCGGAGGAGGCGGACAGGGAGCGCCCCGGCGGAGGGCACGAGGUCCCCGACUGUUGAUCGGAUCGCUACCCGCACACCUCUUCGCCUCAUCUGUUCGGAGGUAAGAGGGCACGGGACCGUUUAGGAUGGAGCCAAUGUCACCACGAAGUGUUUAGGAUGUCUCACGUACUCGAAUCAAUGCUCAGGCUACAUUCUUUUUACAUGACAUGUCAUUUAGCUGACGCUUUUUUAUCCAAAGCGACUUACAAUAAGUGCAUUAAACCAUGAGUCCAAACAUGAUCAGAAGAUUGGUUGGUCAUAGGCGAAAAACAAAAAACAUUUGCCAUAUGUGGGAAACGUA